GUGAUGACCAGAUAGCUGCAACAGUCACGCUGCUUGUGGAGCAUAAAUUCUUGCGUGCAGGAGCCAUUGCAGGCCACAUUGUGGAUAUUGCCGUACGUCCUGAUCAGCAGGGCAGAGGCUUUGGCCGCAUUCUUGUCGAGGCGUUGACAAAACUUGCUGAACGACAAGGAUGCUACAAGGUGAUUCUAGACUGUGACGAGAAGAACUUCGCAUUCUAUGAAAAGUGCACAUACGAGAGAGCUGGUAUAGAGAUGAAGAAUUACUUUUGAUGAAGAGACGUUUGUGACUGUUGCGCUUUUCCCCAGAUCUGGACCAGGUCGCAGCUCAGUGGCCCUCCUGCGACCCUACAAAUAGAGUAGGAACAAGAGAAGACUGGAUGUCCAGCAUGGCUGCGUCGAAUGAUCUUACAGCUUUGCUUCAAAAACGGACAGAGAUUGAAGCUGAACUAGACAACUGCAGCGCUGUGCUCGACAAGCAUCAUCUGUCCAUGUCUGAUCCACUGAUCGAUUCGCAGGGCUUUCCACGCUCUGAUAUCGAUGUGGCCGCUUGCCGUAUUGCUCGAACGUCCAUCAUCAGGCUACGCAAUGAUCACAAAGCCGUCAUGUCCGCGAUUGAAGCAAGCGUGCAUGCUGGCUUCCAAGUAGAGACUGCUUCCCAGGCAGCACCACCACACGCGCCUCAGCCUGCUUCAGCACGCACAGUCUUUACUGAUCGUCAACCGUUUGCGCUUGUCAAUAGUGUGGCAGAUGCAUCGCCUGCCGCGCUGGCCGGUCUUCAAGCAGGUGACCAAAUUGUCACUUUCGGAAGUACGCAUGCCCAGAACCAUCGCGCGCUCGCGCGCCUUGCUGAAGAGGUCGCUCAUGCAACACAAGAAAACACUUCUAUUGAAGUCACCGUGCUACGCAAACAGGAAGGACGCACGGCGUUUCUCAGACGCGCAGUGAGGCCGAAUACUGCCUGGGGAGGACGUGGCGCACUCGGAGCUCACUUUUUGCCUCUGUGAUGAUGAUGAUGAGUUAUGUACUGAGCCUGAUGCGCUGCUAAAUGGGCUUCGCUGUAGUUCUGACGGCUCUCGAGGCGCGUCAUUUGCCCUUGGUCCGGGUCAUCUGGCCGAGGUCUCCUUUACAGAGCAAAGUAAAUACCCUAGGCUAUCAUCCAAGGGUAUCAAGUGCACGCAGAGUCACGAGCAGAUACGUAGGACUAUCAGUGAAGCUUAUGAAAGUGAUCGCAGAAUCGAACAUGGCCAGCAAGCGAAAACGUUUGUUUGACAAUUUUGGACAGACGUCAAGUUGCUAU